CCCUAAUUCGCCCUUGUACCGUAUCCAGACAAUUCAACGCGCAUUAUAUCGAUUUUUCCAGACAGUCAACCCAGUUUAUAUUGUGUUUUUGCCUGUGUCCCGAAAUAGUUUAGUGUGUUUGUGUCAUAUUUUCGCUAGAUGAAAAAUAUGAGAACAAAAAGCAGAAGUAGAUUUUGAAAAAAGAAACAUACACAAAAUUUAAUUAUGCCAGAAACCUAUAACGACCAGCACCAGCUUAUCUUAUCCCUGCUGUGUAUAGGAGGAUUAAUAGCUUCAGCAAUUUUCUAUGCCAAAUUGGGUACUUCCAAUGGGUACCUUGAUGAUAUCAAUAAUAUAACUGAAACACCUGACAACUUAACACAAAACGCGGGAAGCAAUGCAACAAACUCCACCAAGGUGAAAUUGGCAAUCAAACCACAGCCAGCUUGCCCUCCUCAAGACAAAUUCUUAGAACUGAGCGCUCUAUGCGAUGAAGUUUUAGUUGCGAAAUUCAGCUGCACACCUGAAGAUAUAAUGAAUCCGGCCAAGCAUAAAAUUCCAAAGUUUUAUUACCAGCAACAGUCAGUGAAGAAUAAUUCCAGUAACGAGACACAAAAUACAAUAGUAAACUAUAUAAUAGCUGCUCUACUUAUCACCUCUCUGGGAGCUGCCCUGCUCGAAUUCUACAGAGCAAAAAUCUCUCCGACCCCCAGCGUCGAUAAGCGCGGUUCCAAGACGCUCCUGAACCGCAAAUGCUCUCUGGCCGAUCUCACUGUGCUGAAGCACCACCGCAAAGAACUGGUGCGCAGAGAGAGCAUCCUGGAAAGUCAAUUCGAGGAGGGCGACUCGACGCAGAACCACUUCCAGGGUUCGAAACCAUUUCCGCUGCUCCGUAGAUGUUCGUUUCCAGUUUCACUACCAUCUGACGGCGCAUCGGUGCAGGGAGGAUUCGCAGGAUCUCUGGCGCGCAGGAAACUUUCAAUUGCCGAAGGCGGUCGGAGAUUGUCGAUAGUCAAUGACGGAGGCAGUAGGAAGUUAUCGAUAGUUAAUGACGAAAGCAUUUUAUGGCGUAGAGGUAGCUUGGUUGGAGGCGAGGACUCUUCGCCCGAGAGAAAAGUGCAUCAUUCCAGGCUUGUGCAUAGGCACUGAUUUGUCUUUUUCAAAUCCAACAUAAGUAUAUCUGAUAAUAACCCUUCAGUAACGAAUUUAGAAUGUGUAUUUCUAAACGUGAAGUUUUUAUAUUUUUAUUGUCAAUGAAAUUUAUUUUUUAUAAGAACCCUUUUUGAUGUCUAUACCUACCUAUUAUGUACUACCUAAUAGCACAAGAAUGGUCAAUAUUUCUUGAAGAUGCAUGUUGAUAUAGGUAUUUCUCGAGUCUUUCUAUAAAUGCUUAAUAUUUUUCUCAACAAUAUAGUGACAAUAUCAACUAGAGUCUAUGCACGAUAACUUUAUAUUUUUUUAAAGCCUGAACAUCGAAUGAAUUUAGAUCAAAAGAGUCCUCUAUCCAAUCAAAAAAAUAGAACACAAACUCAUUUUUAGAAUAAUUUUAAGUGAUGUUUCUAGUCAUGUUAGUUUUAAGUAAAUUAAUAAUAUUGUAAGUAAAUUUUAAACUAUUA